AUUAGUAGAAAAUGGCUCCAGCAACUCUAGACCAAACGAACGGCUUCAGUUCCAUGACCAAGACGUCCGUGUUAACAUCGACAAAGGAAUCGUCAAAUACGUUACUCGAACCCUUCACAUUCGCCGGCCAAAAAGACACCAAAGACUUCGGCCUCGCCUGGAGCGCCCCCUUCCCCGGCGCACUCCACGCAGCAAAUACAAAAACCAUCGCUGAAGCCAUCGCCACAACCCAAGCCCUUGCAACAACCGGCAACCUGCGCACCCUCGCCAAACACCACGCCGGCGCCCUCCUCAUCCGCGGCCUCCCCAUCAAAACACCCGACGACUAUAGCGCCGUCGCGCACGCCCUGGGUCUCCAACCACACACCGAAGUCGGCCGGCCCCCGCUCCGGACCGUCCUCGCACCGAACGUCAAGACCGCGAACGAGGGCCCGCCCGAGCUCCCCAUCUGGCCACACAAUGAGUACGGCUGGUCGACGAUCAACCCGGCCUGGUUGACGUUUUGCGCGCUGAGGGUUCCUGAGCGCGGAGGGGCAACGCCGAUUACGUCGGGUAUUUACAUUGCGCAUCGCCUUGGGGAGGUUAAGCCGCGGUUCUUGGAGGAGUUGAGGAGGUUGGGUGCGAAGUAUACUUAUAGGUAUACGGCGGAGGUGCUCGUUUCGAAUACGGGGAAUAGUAUUCGGGGUGCGUAUGGGGAGCAUGUUACCGAUGGGGAUGAUGCGGAGACAUUUAGAAAGAAAGUCGAGGCCGAGGUCAGGCGGCAUAGUGAGCGGUUUGAGUGGCAUGAGGAUGGGAGUUUGAGUGUCACACAUGUGGUUCCUGCAAUCCGCAUUCAUAAUCCCAAUGGUCUUGCAGUGUUCUUCGGCAACAUAACAUCCGCUUGGGGCCGUAGUCGACACCAUGGAGCUACUAGGCCUCCAUUUCGCGGUGACGACGGAUCAUACCAUCCACCACCGCAAUUCGGUGACGGAUCCCCGAUCCACGUAGACGAUCUAGAUACGCUGCUGGAUAUUGCGCAAGACGGAGCUGUCAAUGUUGAAUGGGAAGAGGGUGAUUUGGUGAUUCUGGAUAACUACGCGGUCCAACAUUCAAGACAGCCGUGGGUAGGCGAGCGUCAGGUUCUCGCGGCUCUAUGGGAUGACGAUAGUGAAGGACGAAUUGGUGAUUAUCCAGAGGGGGUCGAGCUUCUGCAGCAUUCUCUCAGGGCACCUGGUGGAGGCUCUGGUGUCAGCUAG